CUUUACCAAGUCAGUUGUGAUACCAAACGCACCAUCGGUGGCAACUCUGCGAACAUGUCAACCAACGCUUCGGAUAGAAGACGGGUUAUUCUCGGUCUCAUGACACUCGGUCCCGACGCAACAUAUGGCGCACGCAUAACUUCCCUUGACGACUUUGGAAAGUGCCUCAACCUGUUCCAAGAGAAAGGUUAUCAGGAAAUUGACACGGCUCGUCUCUACGAUCAUGGCCGCCAGGAAGCCUUUACUCGUCAGGCAGGGUGGAAAGAACGGGGUCUGUCCGUUGCAACGAAAUGGUAUCCUAUUGGCGCGGGAUCCCACCAGCCUGAGGUGCUGGAGACGAAAUUGAACGAGUCACUACAAGAACUGGGCACGGAUUCUAUUGACCUUUUCUAUCUUCAUGGACCUGACCGGACGACUCCCUACGCCGAUACGCUCCAGGCUCUUGAUAGACUGCACCGCCAAGGAAAAUUCAAGCGACUUGGUCUCAGCAAUUUCUCUGCUUUCGAGGUUGCUGAGAUUGUGACAAUCUGCAAUGAACGGGGCUGGAUCAGGCCGACUGUGUACCAGGCAGUGUACAACGCGAUCACCCGAAGCAUCGAAGAUGAACUUGUGCCAUGCUGCCGGCGGUAUGGAAUCGAUAUUGUUGUGUUCAAUCCCCUGGCAGGUGGGUUUUUCUCUGGCAAGUACAAGUCUACCGAUCUGCCCACCGAGGGUCGGUUCAGUAAUCAGAACCAAUUGAUGGGCCAAAUGUACCGUGACCGAUACUUCAAAUCGAGUGUCUUUAGUGCACUGGAACUAUUGGAGCCCAUUGUGCUUAAGCACGGGCUUACUAUGGUCGAAGUCGCCCUGCGUUGGUGCAUUCAUCACUCCGCGCUGAGGGUUACUGAUGGCAAUGAUGGUAUCAUCACGGGCUUUAGUAGCCUUGGUCAGUUGCAGAAUAACCUUAGUGACCUGGAAAAGGGUCCUUUGCCAGCGGAGGUGGUUGACGCCCUUGACCAGGCAUGGUAUCUGGUCAAGGCAGAUGCCACUAAAUUCUGGCAUGGAAAUCUGGAAUACACAUACAACACACAAGAAGCACUCUUUGGCAAGAAAAACUGAUAUGCUGUGGCUAGAUCAUUAGAUAUGGAAUGGAAAUAGAAGGC